AUGACGCAGCUUUUCGCAAGUCCGUCGGCAGUGACGAACGAGAAGCGCGGGAAUUUCCCCGCUCUCUCCCUUCCUUCGCGGAAACACUCGAACGACUCCAGUCAUCUCCCGACGCGAAUCAAGAACUUUUUCCGGAUCAACAGUUCCAGCAGCCAAUCUCCCUCGAGCGCCACUGGCUCCAAUAGCAACGAACGGGAACGAGAGCGAGACAGCCAUGGCUCGACGAAGAACGAGAAGUCGAAUUUCCGACAAUCGCGAUUCAUGCCAACUAUUGGCCGCAAUCGUUCGACUACUGUUGCCAGUGAGGGCAACCCCCUCGACGACAGCAUGUCCCCGACGGCAUCCGCCAACCCCUACUUUGCCCAUCAGGGCCAGCCCGCAUUGCGACACCGCAACGAUGGCUCCGUGCCCUCCUCUCCUCCCGACACUCCUGAGUUGCAGGUGACCGGAGUCUCCGCGGUGGAGCAGGCUACCACUGCGAAUAAGGAAGAGUUGGCGCGCAAACUGCGUCGCGUGGCCUCGGCCCCGAAUGCCCAGGGCUUGUUCACCAGUGGGCAGGGCGAACGGCCUCAAACAGCUGAAAUGGGCAAGGAGCCUCUGGUUGAACAGUCUGGGGCAGUGAGUCUGGCGGAAGCCGGCAGCGAUAAGGAUCUUGCCCUGGCGGUGCCAUCCAGCUCUGAUAUGAGCAAUGCUUCGUUCCGCCGCACUUACAGCUCCAACUCUAUCAAGGUUCGCAAUGUAGAGGUCGGCCCUGCUAGCUUCGACAAGAUCAAGCUUAUCGGAAAGGGUGAUGUGGGCAAGGUUUACCUUGUUCGCGAGAAAAAGUCAAGUCGCCUCUAUGCGAUGAAGGUUUUGAGCAAGAAGGAGAUGAUCAAGCGCAACAAGAUCAAACGGGCCUUGGCCGAACAAGAAAUUCUAGCAACCAGUAACCACCCGUUCAUCGUUACGCUAUAUCACUCCUUCCAGUCCGAAGACUACCUCUACCUUUGCAUGGAGUAUUGCAGUGGCGGCGAAUUUUUCCGAAGUAGGUAUCCCUUUGAUGUCAGUUGGCUAGUGUGA